GCAGGAGGGGGUCAGCAGUUUAGGGAAAGGGAAUCCUCUUUUGAACCAGGAAGAGGAGGAGUUAAAAUGGCUUCGAACGACCAGGUCGAGAGUUGGACCGCGGAGAUAAUUUGUCCCAUCUGCCUGGAUUUCUUCACCGAUCCGGUGUCACUGGAUUGUGGGCACAACUUCUGCCGCUCAUGCAUCACACAGAGUUGGGACAGGGAGGGGAGAAACUCCUGCCCGGAAUGUAGAGAGGAAUUUACAGACCGCACCCUCAGGGUGAAUCGGGCCUUGGCGAGACUGUCUGAGAAAGCUCGAACACUGAGCCUCAUUCGGACAGAGAAGGCAAGAAAACUUCAGUGCGAGGAACAUCAGGAAGAACUGAAGCUGUUUUGUGAAACUGACAAGAAGCUGAUCUGUGUGAUUUGUGCAGCCGGGCAGGAACACAAAGCUCACAACUUCACGCUGAUAGCAGAAGCUGCAGAAUUCUACAAGGAUCAGGUGAAAUCUUCCUUCGAAUCUCUCACAACAAAGGAAUCAGACAUCCAGCAAAUGGAGCAGCAACAGAAACAGAAUAUUUCUGGAGUACUGGAACAGUCACACAACCUUCAGUCCAAGAUCACAUCCCAGUUUGCUCAACUGCACCAGAUUCUCACUGAGAAAGAACAGCGCGUACUGGCAGAUAUCCGAGAGGAAGAGAAGAAGAUUCUAAAUUCAAUGGGGAAAAAUCUUGGAGAGAUUCAAGAGAAUUUAAAAUCUAUUCAGGAGGACCUCUUUAAGUUGCAGCAACACAUGGGUCAAAAAGACAGUGCGGUGUUUCUGAAGGAGGAAGCUGGUUGUAAGCGAAGGGUUUGUGAUGAUGCCAAACCACUGUCGGUGGUAGAUGAAGCCUUGCAGAUUGAAAAGUUUAAUUGCCCUGUUUUGUUCAACACGACAUUCAAAGAAGUAUCUGAUGACUUCAAGCGAGUCUCCGUCACCAUGGAUAUGGAAUCAGCGCAUCCGCGGCUCGAGGUGUCUGAGGAUCGGAAGAAGGUGAGAUGGGCCGAGACCCGGAGGAGUCUCCCUGACACCGGGAAGAGGUUUACAGUCGCGGUGUGUGUGCUGGGAUCGGAGGGAUUCACAUCGGGGAGACAUUACUGGGAGGUGGAGGUGGCGGGGAGUCGGGGCUGGAGUUUGGGAGUCGCCGCAGAGUCUGUGGAGAGGAAGAGAGGGGUCACACUGACCCCCGAGACUGGUGUCUGGAGGAUCUGGCGGCGGCAAGGCGAGUUUGAUGCACUCACCUCCCCAACAUCCCGUCUCCCCGCCCGUCCCAUCCCCGGGAGGGUGGGAGUUUAUCUCAGUUACGAGUCCGGGACAGUUUCAUUUUACGACGCGGACACCAAGUCCCAUGUCCACACCUUCACUGGGAAUAAAUUCACGGAGAAACUUUAUCCGUUCUUUGGGACUUGGGACGGAAAUUGGCUGAGAAUCUGCUCCGGUUCCGCUCUGGGUGUGUAAAAUGGUCGGGUCCCAGGACCGGCGUCAGGAGCGGGGCACAGUGCUGUGGGGCAGAAACCCGGUGGACAACAGGUCGGCACUGAACGGCUCCCAUUUAAUCCCCAAAUUCCGCGUCGUAAAAUCCCAGUGAGCGUGGAAAUAAAACCAAGAAGAAUGUAAAUGUGGGAAGAUUGAAAUAAACCAACUGAAAUCAGAA